AGACAACGGGUAAAUUUGUCGCUUGAGGCACGGAGGGCAUGUCUAGAGUCUGGAUCACAUCUAUUUUCUAGCGCCUUCCCGUUCAAGAAGGCGUGCCUGAUGGAGCGGUCCGCUCCGUGAGGAGUACUCUCGGGUAACCACACACACACACCUGUUCAACUGAGGCACAGUCGGUCACCGGACCGAGAGAUGCGUCCCAAGAUGUCGGUGACCCGGAAUCAUCACUGGAGUGACAUUCCGGAUCCAAAGAGGUUGAGGUGGACGGGGGGAGAAGGCAGGGAGGGCCUUGGGGGAAGGGAUAGGCUUCAAAAGGGCCAGUUGUUCGUACAGUGCACGGCUUUCAGCAUUCUCAUCGAUCUUUCCCCAAGAAUUUGAUGUGGAAGCCGACCAUGGCAUUGCAAUUGAUGGUUCAGCAUUUGGGUAGAGUUGGCCUACUCUUACCACUAUUCGCGUCCUUAGCGUUUGCCUCCACACCGGGAAUUACCUGUCGGUACUUUGGACUUGCGAGGGACGGCGAUACUUGCUCAAUUCUUUCGCAGAGGUAUCGCAUUAGCGAUCGUGACCUUGUCGACUGGAAUGCGGACCGGUUGACAUGGGAAAACUGCGAUUUGAUACCAGGAACAGAGUAUUGCGUCGCGUCAGACAGGAUACCAGUUUCGACGGACGGACUGUGCGGUUACGCGUCUUCGGUGCGAGCGAAAUGUGAGACAUCGAAAUUUGGUGAAUGUUGUAGUGCUGCCGGAUAUUGCGGAGAUUCUAUGGACCAUUGUGGGAUCGGCAAUUGUCAAUCUGGUGCCUGUGUAGGCGCUGGCAGCUAUAGCUAUGACGGGCUUUGCGGACCCUUGAACGGGAAGAUAUGCGGCGGCGCUUGGGGGGUCUGCUGCAGUAGGUCUGGCUUCUGCGGCUCCUCGACAGAUCAUUGUGGCGCCGGCUGUUAUUCUGGAAACUGCACCAUAUCCACAACAGCCCUGAACACAGCUUCAUCAACGACCACGGAGGCCACUGCACCGACCUCCAGUCAACCAACGAAUAGUCCGUCGCCAUCGAAUACCACAACUGACGGCCAAUGUGCCACAAAUGGCAAGGCUUGCAAUGGUUCAUCAUUUGGCGAUUGUUGCAGUAGCUCGGGAUAUUGCGGAAAUAGCGACGCAUACUGUGGAUCGGGAUGCAACCCUAGCUAUGGAAAGUGCAACAAACCGACGAAUAUCUCCCCGGACGGCACAUGUGGGGCUAUAAGGGAAUACUCGUGUACCAACAGCAACUUUGGCACUUGUUGCAGUUCCUCUGGCUACUGCGGAAGUGCAGCUGCCCAUUGUGGUCAAGGAUGUCAGCCUAAGUAUGGGAAGUGCAUUACAGGGCAGAUCCCUUCAAAUAACGGAGAGUGCGGAACGAGUCGUGGCAACUAUACCUGCGCAGGUGGUCCCUUUGAUGGGACGUGUUGCAGCAUUGCCGGAUACUGUGGUUCCACUGUUGCGCACUGCGCAGUUGGUUGCCAAGGCGAUUUUGGAAAGUGCACGUAGGACCGAGGGGUAAAAAAGUACUAAGCGCGGUGGAGAUGUAUUCAGAAGUUUAUACAUCUGGGGGGUGUCCGUUACGGUCUUCCACUGA